CCUCAUCUGAUCCAACCCACCAAGCAACCAACCCACCAAACACCCAGGCAACGGCAACCAAACCAGGCAACACAAUGGCCCCGUCGCUAUCCCACCCCGCCGUAAGCCUGCUCACCACGGCGAUCGCCGCAAGCGUGGGCUACUACAUCGGCAAAUCCUCGGGCCUGCGCAGAUCCUCGGUCGUCCACGAGCUGCAGGCGAAGGCGCGGAGCGCACCCACUUCCGAGGACGAGUUUGUGCCCAAGAAGGCGGAGAAGGGGGCGGCAGCGGUAAAGGAAGAGGAGGAGGAGGAGGAGGAGGAGGAGGAGGAUGGGAGCGACGAGGAGGAGGAAGAUGAUAGCGACGACGACGAGAACGCAGAGGGCAUCUCGUCGUUUCCCGGCAACGACGAGGAUUGCAAGAUGAUCUUCGUAGUCCGCACAGACCUCGGGAUGACGAAAGGCAAGAUUGCAGCGCAAUGUGGACACGCAACACUGAUGUGCUACAAGACCGCUUUACGGCUUGCGCCGGCGCUCGUGCGGCGCUGGGAGACGCGGGGCCAGACCAAGAUUGCCGUGCAGCUUAAGGACGGCGGCGAGGACGCGCUCGAGGAGUUACUCGCUACCGCCAUCAGUCUGGGGGUCGUCGCGAGGGUCGUAAGGGAUGCUGGCAGGACUCAGAUUGCGGCUGGCAGCGCGACGGUGCUGGGAUUGGGGCCUGCGCCGAAGAGUGUCGUCGAUGCUAUUUCGGGGCAUUUGAAGCUUUUGUAACGGAUCGGUCACGAGACGGUGAAGCGGUGGGGAUAGAGGCGUUUAAUAGACGGAUGGAUAGACGGGUCGAUAUGAAAUAACAUCUGGAUUUUACAUUUCCCAAUUCCCCUUUCGUCCAUGAUACCCCUCCGCACUGAUUCUUUCAACUCCCGUGCCUCCUCCUCCUACUUGAAAUUAUGCUCAUGCAUAUCAUCUCUCCUGCACACUAUAUCCAUACCCCUAUGGGAAGUCGGCAAGGAGGAGGAUGAUGGACAGGAUGAACAUGAGGGACAUGAUUAGUUGCAUUUCGACGGCUUUUGAGUAGAGCGGAGUGAGGUGAAGUGAAGCUACGGUAGUGCUUGGGUUGUUUGGUCAUUUGGCCGGUUGACUGGCCGGCUGGCUGCAUGGAUAGCUGCUGGUUGGAUCAAUAGACGAAUAAAUGGAUAUCUCGU